AUGCACAUCGUCGGGCUUUCCGGGGGCAUUGCGUGCGGCAAGUCAACGGUGGCAAGGGAGCUCAUCCGUCUCGGCCUGCCCGUCAUCGACUGCGACGAGCUCGCGAAAGAGACGACCCGGAAAGGAGGAUGGGGGUACAAGCGGUUGCUGGCUGCGUUCGGGGAUGACAUCCUGGACGCUGGCACGGGGGAGAUCGACAGGGAGAAGCUCGCGUCGAUCGCCUUCGAGCAGGAAGGGGCGCGGAAGCGGCUGAACCAGGCGACCCACGUCCCGAUCGCGUCCUCGAUCGGCUUCGCGCUGCUGGGGGCGUGGGUUCGUGCGGAGCCCGUCGUGGUCGUGGACAUGCCGCUGUUGUUCGAGGCGGGGUGCGACCGGUUCUGCGGGGAGACGGUGGUCGUCACGUGCGACGCGGACCAGCAGAUCGAGAGAGCCGUCAAGCGAGGGAUGAAGCGCGAGGACGCGGAGGCGCGCGUGAGGGCGCAGAUGCCGCUGGAGGUGAAGCGGCAGAAGGCCACGAGGAUCAUCAAGAACGACGGGGACGUGGAGGACGCCAAGGCAGCGGCCCGCGCGCUAGCGGACCGGCUCAAGUCGAGGAGCCGCCUGCGCGGGUUCCUCACGUCGCCCUGGGGGAUCGGUGCCGCUAUCUGCGUGUUCGUCCGCGUGUUCCGGUGA